ACUUGAUGCACCAGAAGCCCCCGCUGAUGUCGAGAUAAGGUUAGCAAGACGUUGAAGAAACGGCAGAGUGGAUGACGUUAGGGCCCUCGCUUGCGCCCGCUGUUCCUGCAUAUAGAAUCGCCAGCCUCAGGGCCGAAGAUAGACAACUCCCCCCUCGACACCAACCCCGCGGGCCUGCGCCCUACACCUCGCCACCAUGAGUAAUGACCCGCCAAAGCCGAUGACUGACCAGGACGUCGUCGCCCUCGCCCGCGAGGCCAUCGAAAACUCGCGCGAGGAGCACAAGCGCGCCGUCGCCGAAACCCCCGGCGCCUCCAAAGAUCUCCGCCAGCAGCCCGGCAUCACCAUUGACUUGGGCCACAAGAACAUCGUCAGCCUGCCCGACGAGGUCAUCGACGUGAUCCGCACCGAGAUCGAGCGACUUGCCCUGUCGCACAACAACCUCUCGAAUCUCCCCUCCCGCCUGCCAGAAUGCCGCCGUCUGCGCUAUCUAAACGUCCGCUAUAAUUCACUGCGCGAGAUCCCUUUGCCCAUCAUGCAGAUGACCGCGCUAGAGAUAUUGGACGUCAGCAAGAACAAGAUCAAAGUCAUACCGGAGGGAAUUUCAAAUCUUAUAUCCCUGAAAGUUCUAGCUAUACAAAAGAACAAGAUCGAGAGGCUGCCUGUCGGUCUCGGAGACAUAAGCAGUCUGCAGGUCUUGAAGCUCGACGGGAACCCCAUUGUUUUCCCUCCGCCACACGUCUGUACAAUCAACGACAACGCUCCUUCACCGUCAAAUGAUAAUGAGAAGGAUGCGGUUAUUGCGACGCAGGUCAAGAAGUAUAUGAGGCAAUACGCGAGUGAUAUCUCGAACAAGCAGAGGCGGAGGGUGGAGGCUGAGGGAAGCGAAAGCGAGAGUAACGUGGAGACGCCACGCCCCUCCAAACGAGCAGUAAACGGCCGCUUCCCAGUGAAGCCAAGUAUCAGCAAUUUGGACAUUUUUGCUGGGCCCCCAAGGUUGGAGGCUUCGCCCGGAGUACCUCCACCGAUCCCUACUCGCUCGCACUAUCGAGAGCAGUCUCAGCAGAACAGCAAUCUCUCUCGAGGACCCCCGGUUGCGCCUCUGGUUUUAUCCAAUGGCAACAAUGAGCGCAAUCGUAGUCAGAGCGAAGGUGCAGGGUCUGCAACUAUUAGAGCUAAGAGAAUGGGGAUCUACACGCACAAAACAUCGGAUCUAGGGCCAGUAGACGAACUGAGACGAAACAGCCAUUUCCGCGGCUUCAGCCAAGGCCUCGUCUUAUCAAGUAAUGGGGCCAACGCCGGCAACUCAGGACCAGCAACUGCCGGUGUUUAUGGCGAUAUGGGGACUCAGCGACCUCUCAUUCAUCGGCCACUUUCAGAUCUGCUGGAACAUAAGCGACGAUCCCGCGCUCCGGAUGUCGUCGUUGAGGCCGCUAAGAGCUUCUUGUACGCAAUGUCACAGUUGCACGACACUAUGCUCAGUUUGGUGCGCGCCAUCAAGAAGGAUAGAAGUCGAGGGGGGUAUCGCAAGGAGGAACUUCCACGCCGGUUUACAAUUGCAUAUCUGCAGAUCAAGAAACUAAGCGAACUACUCCGACGCUUCGAUACUCUCGCCGAGGAGGAUGAGGAAGACGCACAUAAGCUCUCAGCUUCCAUCCAUCAGACUUGCCAGAAGUCUCUCGCCCAAUUCCUGCUAGUCAAUGUCCUGAUAGCGGAAAACGCACAGGCAAUCGGAAGUGAAGGAGACCCGCGGUUCAUGCGGUCUUUCCUAUUUCUGCAAACUGGCAGUAUGAUCGAGCUUCGGAAGGCAUGUGAGGUGCUGGGUGUAAACUUCAAAGGAACGCCAACUACGGGACGCAAGCCGCAGAGCUCGAAUCGGUCCAUGCCUCCAGCUCGAGAACCUCGGCCCCUGGUUGUUAGACGAUUUCAAACGACCCCCCCAAGUCAACGAACGGCUCAGUAUGCAAUGCCUCCUCCGGUAUCACUACACAGCAACGAAAGCAGCCGAACCAACACUUUAACGAGUAUCAGCGCAGCAACUCCGAGAUCUGGAGAGUCAUUUUUGACUACCUCAACCAUCUCACGCACAAAUACGAUGCAAAGCAGUUUCGACGAUCCAGACGAAGAGGCGCAGUUUGAUCGCAUAUAUAUCAAACUGAAGACAGCAUGCGAUCAAUGCCUAAAGAACGUACCCCAGAUCCUACGUUCCUUCCGGAGGACGUACGAGACGGAACGGUCUAGACUUGAUUCCGAAGAUCUGAAAAUGAAGGUCCUGAUGAAGCUCAUCGAGACGGCAGAGUCGGUUGUUGGGGUUGCUAGGACCUUGAGCGAGAGGCUCUCAGAAAUCAAGCUGAAGGAUGCUGUGGCCAGGAGUCAACGCGAUUUCUGGCAACAAUGCACUCUUCUUACAAAGGCUUGGAACGACAUGGCCGCUGCUAUCGCCGGAGACGGCCGAAAAGUAGGCCUUCUCGCCGAGGACGUCAAGAUUCUUAUGAAACCCACCCAUCACGCCGUCAAAGACGCCGGACUCAUGAUCAACAACUCAUCAUGGUCCUAUCUAGCGCAUUCAGCACCUAACGCGGGCGGGUCGAUGGGCCCCCCUGGUCUCCAAUCGCUAACCUCAAAGACCCAACCGCCAAAAUUCUACAGCAAUCAAUCCAGCUUUAGCGCCGGUCAUGGACCUGGCUUUCCAGGGCCAAUCAACACCUCCAUCACCCCAGCUGCGUCUACCUAUUCAGCCAUCUCCAAUUACUCCGCAACCUCGUUCACCAGCCAGAGCAGCGCGGGCGGCAGCUCAAUGGGCUACGUCACGCCGGUCCCCGCGACUCCGCUCAGCGCAGCCCUCGGAGCUGCGGCUCAAGCGACGGUCCCGAAUACGCCGAACCAGCUCCCGGGGCAGAACAACACGGGCCCGUUUGCGGGUAACGUGUUUGAGCGCGCAGAUCGGCUGGCCCAGCAGCCGUAUAGGCGGAUUUGAGAGUCGAGAGGAAUGAGAGGUUCUCUAAAGUAUGUUUUGUACAUCUAUUUCCUUUUUUCAUACAACCUUUUCCUCUAUUGAAUCUGUAUCUUGUUAGCGAUGGCGUUCUGGGCGGUCUUCUUUUUUAUUGAGGGAUUCGGGGGCGGGGCACUUGGUAUGGCAGGCUUGCCUGACUGGCUUGGGUGUCCGGGUGUGCUUUGGACGGGCUACUGGGCAUGAUCGUACGUCGGCUCGGAGGGGUUUCGGCGGUCUGGGAGCUGGGUUUUGGUGCCGCUUGGAUUGUCUGGGAUUCUGGGAAACCAGAUGGAUAGCGACGAUACGGAGGGUCCGUGAAUGGCUAGCCCUUUAAUGGAUCCUGUCGUCUAUGGACGAAUUCCAGUGAGGGUAUCUACUGAAAUGCAUACUAUAAUAUACUGAAAUGCAUACUAUAAUACUG